AUGCCCGUAGCUUCUCGCCGACCAGAAUAUUAUAAUGCGCUUGGUCUCGUCGUUGAUGCCACAGACGAAGAUAUCAGAACUGCAUACAAGAAGCUGGCCCUUCAAUGGCACCCUGACCGUCAUCAGAUCGGGAAAGAACACGCAGCGCAAAUGUUUGUUGAAGUCAAUACUGCCUACCACUCCUUGAUGAAUGGCACAGAAAGCAUGGAUCCUUCCUGUGGAGACAGCGUCUCACCAUUAUUUACACCCACUGAGAGUGGUACAGCCCAAAGCUGUUCCGCGGAGCCACGACCACGAGCCAAUGCACAGUCGCCCCGUCAUACAAAGUCGUCAGGCUCACAGAAGAGUGAGCAGACACCCAAUCCGUUCUUCUCCACUUCCGUUCCUGGCUCUGACGCCGAAAAGAAUUAUCAGCCUUGUUCGCCAGACGACAAAACUACUCAUUAUGCCUCACAUGACCAUCACUCCAAUCUAAAGCACCACUCUCAUAAGCCUUGUAGCACAGGCAGCAAUGGCUCUCGUUCCCGCUCUCGAACGAAAUCAUUCGAUAGCUUAUAUGAUUUACCACGACCAUUUGCACCUAAUCAAGCGCCGUCCUCUGUCACGAGCGCUAGCCGCUCUCACAGUAGUCGCACGACCAUUCCCCACUCAAAGUCACAUGACAAUUUGCGUGAUCUUUCACACAAUUCUCACGAGCCACGAUCAGGACAAGCGCCUGCCCCGGUCUCACGCGACCCGAAGUCGAACCGGUCUAAAAACAACCAAAGGGCUGGAUCUACCUCUAUAUAUUCCAAAGGUCGCACACACGGUUCGAUCGAUGCGAAACUGUUGCGAAGUCAAACAGGCAAUUUCUCACAGCCCGUGAUUCCACCGACGUCAUCCAAGCUACAUAAACCACCUCGGCGCGGACUGGGAGAGGAGCUGCUCCAAAAGCUUUCCAGGGGGUCAUCGAAGUGCAAAAAAGAAGAGGGUUCAACACACUUAGCCAACGCUCCCACGUAUGGUUCCCCGUUACGAGCUCUUGGUACGCCUCGAGGCACAUCCAAGGAGUGGCUGUUUCCUCUUCCGUUGACACUUGAUGAGAUGUAUUAUGGGACGGCUUUCCAAUUUCUCAUUACACGGGAGCUAUUAUCCCGCAAGACAGAACAAGUCGAGAUCUAUGUCAGUGUACCUCCGGGUAUUCGAAGCGGAACUAGGAUUGUCUGUCCUCGCACAGGUCACCAGCGCAAGGACGGGACUCUUCAGGACGUAGUCUUCUUGGUUGAAGAGGUGCCUCAUGGUGGUUUCACUAGGGUGAAAGACGACCUGUUCGUGGACAUUUGCGUGCCAUGGGUGGAGACCCUCGCCGAGCAAGGGGCCGAUAUUUGUAUAGAUGGCAUGGAUGGGGAAGAGAUUAUAUUCGCACUGCCCUAUCCAAUCUACGACAAGUCUACGGAAGGGCAAUUACUGGUUAAAGGAGCGGGUAUGCCGAUUCGCGAAGGACGAAAGACAGUGGGACGCGGUGAUUUGAUUGUCCGAUGGCAGGUGGUGUUCUCGCACCCUAGCAGAUGGGAGAACCUUAAGAAAGCUCUGCGUAUCAAGGCAUAA